CUCCGAAACUAACCCAUGAGUGUGAAAGUUGGUCUGAUGUUCCCUCCACACGACGACCUCACCCAAAUCCAUAGGCAACCGGUAAGAACCUUUCGCAAACCCCUCUCUUCAGCCCACGGCCCCCCGUUCUUCCACUAUGCCUGCCAGAGACUUAUCGAUAAACUUUCCCCGAGCCUGCAUCCAGAAGAAGGUGUCAGACUGGCAGCGAUGGCAGUCGAUGACACUUGACACCGUUAAGGCCCGCACGUACACACGCGUCACGCCCGCACCGCACAGGUGCAACGAUUGUUUGGUCUGUUUCUUGCGAUCCCCUCUUUUCCCGAUCCCAACUUUGAUGCGCUGGUGGAAUCAUGGAGAAAAGCUUCUUUUCGCCUUCGGUGGGUGGUAUAAGUCCCCGGGCUCUGGGAACUCCCCCACCACUCUCACUUGACACUGAGAAACCGUGUCAGUCACUCGACUCUGAAUAUUGAAG